AUGUCAGAGACAGACGUCCUUCUGCUUAAUAUGGAGGUUGAGGCUGCCGCGGCAAGGAACGCCGAUCUCUCUAGACGACUUGAGCGAAUAACUGAAGAGCUGGGCUGCUCCUCCGUACAUGUGGUUGAAAAGCCUGAGAUGGUUUCGCAAGGGACACAGACGGAGUUUGAUACUUCACGUGACGCUGCUCUGAAUUUGGAUGAUCUCCUGUUUGAAAUAGCGGAAAUUACGUUUCGUCUAUACCCGUCAUCACCCAUCGAUUUGUCAAGUCGCAGGGGCGACGGGCCCAGACACCUUGAGGAGCUCUCGCAUCGUUGCUUGGACGAGAUGCGUUCACUGCGAGCUGCCUUGGAGACCAAGCUGGAAGGCUACAACAAGUUUAUUCAGGAGCUUCAACAGGCCCUGGGCACGUACUACAGAUCCAUCGAGAAGGUGGAGACUCAGCUGCGGGAAAAGGAGUUGGAAUGCGAUGCCCUCCAGAAACAAAACACCGAACUGUUGCGUCAAUGUGCUGGGAUGGAGGCAAAACUAAAGGUUGCUUAUGAAACAAGAGAGAGGUUUAGCGAAAAUGCGACCUGUCAGAUGCAUCGGGUACGAGAUCUUGAGGCCGAAAGAGAUCGGCUUCUCAAAAGGGAAACCGUCCUUGCAAAUACAGUGGCCUCCUUGAGGGCUGAGUGUGCUUUGGGGCCGUGGAAGAAUACAACACUUUUGAGGGAUAGCUCAUUUGAAACUGCAAGUCCUUCUCCCCAUGUUUUGCCAGGCAAAGGUAGCGUGAGUCCGGUUCGAGACGCGUUUGACGGGGCCUCGUUUGCACCUUCUACGUUGGAUGUGAUGUGGGCAUGCCAGGGAUCUGCAAUUAAUAGAGCCUUCCCUGAGUGGUGUGUUUCUGCGGAAAAAGUUGUUGAUUUCUCUUGCAAAAUGGGGAAUACGUGA